AUGGGGGACAUUCUGAGCAUCGGCGGGGAACCCGUCUUCGACGAUCGCAUCGUGAAGAUCGAGAGUCACACGUACAAUCCGUACGCCAAUAUCACUUUCGGAUACAGCGACGAGAUACGAAUACCCAUACAACAGCAGGACCUAUACACGCUGCCAUGCGAGAGUUUUCUCUACGUCGAAGGUAGACUGCACGCGAAGAAUAAUCCGCCGCCCGCGUCAAGCGGCGAAUCGGGUAAACCUGCCUCGGCCUCUAAGGAGCCGUCCGUGUCCUCGACGCCGGCGUGGCUCAUGAACAAUUGCGUCGCCUUUAUGUUCGAGGAGAUACGUUACGAGCUCGAUGGCGUGGAGAUCGAUCGUAAUCGCAACGUCAGAAUAACCAGCAUCAAGAACUACGUCUCGCUGACGGCCGAACGAGGUUUCUGCGAGGAAUACAGGCGCGUUGUCAUCAACGCGCGUCACGAGCUGAUUCUGAUAAGAGCGCGAAACGACAACAAUUGUCUGAUAUCGCGCGAGGAAUUCGAGCCGAGAGUCGAGCUCGCGAAGAUACAGUGGCGCGUGCCGCACGUGGUGCUGAAUGACGUCAACAAAUUAUCGCUGUUGCGCACGUUGGACAGCGGCAGAUAUCUGAGCGCGCUCUUUCGCUCGUGGGAUCUCUACGAGUUUCCGCUCCUGCAAAGCACGACCAAACACUCGUGGGCCGUAAAAGCGGCCACGCAACUCGAGAAACCGCGUUACGUCAUCUUCGCGUUGCAGACCGGAAGGAAGAACAUCCUGUCGCAGAACGCUUCCAGAUUCGACGCGUGCAAUCUGACCAACGUAAAGUUGUAUCUCAAUUCCGACUUCCAUCCGUACGACGAUAUGAAUUUGGACUUCGAUAAGAACAAGAUCGCCGUACUGUACGACGCCUACGCGAGAUUUCGGCGAACGUAUUACGGAUCCGCGAGCGACGAGACGCUCCUGACUAUAAACAAAUUUCUACACUGUGGCCCGCUCGUGGUGAUAGAUUGUUCCCGCCAAAACGAAGCGGUUAAGAGCGCCACUGUGGACGUUCGUCUAGAAUUCGAUUGCAAGGACAACGUUCCUUCUAACACCACGGCGUACUGCAAUCCGCUGACGAACGUCGUGCGUAAGAUCCUGUAA